AUGACAAAUAGUAUUAAUUUAAAAGUUGAAUCAACAACUAUUAUACAAGAAUCGAAGACAUCAUCUCAACAAUGUCAAAUAUGUGGUGCACCAGCAUUAUUUAGUAACUAUGGAGUUAUAUCCUGUUCAUCAUGUAAAAUGUUUUUUAAACGAAAUGCAGAAUUAAAACAAGAUAGUUUUAUAUGUGAUUUUUCAAAUCAAUGUGAAAUAACUUUAUAUAGUCGACGUAUAUGUGCUGCUUGUCGACUUGCUAAAUGUUUUACAAAAGGAAUGCAAAUAGGACUUAUUCGAGGAUCAAGAACAAAAAAAAAUACAAAAAGAAAAAACAAAAAAAAUUCAAUAGAACCUGUAUUGUCAACAACAACAUCAUCUACUCUAAUGAUAACUAAUACAAACAGUCAGCCAUGUCAGUUAUCAAAUCAACUACAGUUAGAUCCACCAACAUUAUCUAUUGAACAAUGGAAUCUUAUUACGAAUCUAACUCAUACUUUUGAUGAAUAUAGUGGACUUACUACGGCUCUAAUUUUUAAAAAUCAACAAAAUUUACUUCCAUACAAAUUUCGUUUUAAACUCGGAUCUGUUAGUGAAUUUAUUAAAUUUAUUAUGACUAAUAUUCCACAAAUAAUUGAAAAAAAUCGAGAUUUUCGCUCAUUAUCUCUACAUGAUCGUUCAAUUUUACUUCGAAAUACUAUUAAAUAUUCUGAAUGUAUUGGUGCAACAUUUAUCUUACAUCAAUCUCAUCUUCUCGAUGAUCCAUAUUUUAAUCAAUCAAAUGAAUUUAUUUUUGGUUCAGAUGUUAUGUCAACUAUUAUACGAUUAAGUGAAACAUUUGAUUCUGAUGCUACAUUUGUUAAAUUAAUAUUUGCAAUUAUUGGAUUCUCAACAAUUGCAUACACAGUUUAUUCCGAUAAUAUAACGAGUAAUUUAAUUGAUAUUAAAGCAGUUUUACGUAUUCAAGAUAAAUAUGUCGAAUUAGCGUGGCAAUAUAUGGUUUUUAAAUAUAGUUAUGAACAAGCUGUGAUACGUUUUUGUCAAUUAAUAAAAUUUCUUUUUAAAGUCAAUUUUACAAUUGUAGAAUCAAGUAGAAUUGAAGAAUAUUCAAAUUUAAUUAGUUCAAUUAUUCAACAAACUGAACAGAAUCUUAUGCUCAAUAAUUAA